AUUUGACAAACUUUAGCGGCAAAAACUCAUAAAUCAUAUGCUAUAUGAGAACACAUUUACAGGCAGAGUUUAUGCUCGCUCUAAAUUUCCCUCAUCCCCACUCACUUGAAAUACGGCGCAGCACAGCAGCAGGGAAUUCUUGCCGUGGUCUCUCUCGAUCUUUUGGGAAAAUAAAAGAUGGUAUCAGCUCUAACUCGUCUGCUGCUCUUCACCUGCGUGAUUCUACCUUUCAAUGGAGCAGAGAAAUUGAGAAAGGCACUUGACAGGAAGGAUGUUGAAUACGAAAAGUAUAACAGCUGCCCCCAGGGUCCGGUUGGCACCCCUGGAAGGGAGGGUAACCCUGGCACCAAUGGCAUCCCUGGGACUCCUGGCAUCCCGGGGCGCGAUGGCAUCAAGGGGGAGAAAGGAGAGUGUGUGAGUGAGGUGUUUGAGGAGCCAUGGAAACCCAACUACAAGCAGUGUGCCUGGAACUCACUCAACUAUGGGAUCGACCUGGGCAAAAUAGCUGACUGUACAUUCACCAAGCUGCGUUCAGACAGUGCCCUGCGUGUGCUCUUCAGCGGCUCCCUGAGGCUGAAGUGUAAGACAGCCUGCUGCCAGCGUUGGUACUUCACCUUCAACGGAGCUGAGUGUACAGGACCUCUGCCCAUCGAGUUCAUCAUCUACCUCGACCAAGGCAGCCCUGAGCUCAACUCCACCAUCAACAUACACAGAACCUCAUCUGUUGAAGGGUUGUGUGAGGGGAUCCGGGCAGGCCUGGUGGACGUGGCUAUCUGGGUGGGGACCUGUGCUGACUACCCCAGAGGAGACGCAUCUACAGGGUGGAACUCUGUAUCCAGGGUCUUCAUAGAGGAGCUGCCCAAAUGAGGCCUUCUUUAUUAAGUGAUAGGACCAGGCCCCAGAGAAAGAACCCCUAACAAUCCUUCUGAAGCCUUUGACUACACAUCAGUUUAGUUUCUGGAUGGGUUCCUAGUCUUUGACAAUGUCCUCUGGCCAAUCAGACAACUUCAGUUGUGGCUAAAUCCUACUACAGUAUCACUGAUGUUCACUUGAAUAUUUUGUACUACAGCACAUGGGUAGGGUCUAGUUUAUUGGCCACCUGAAAUUAGAUUUAUUCCUCAUUAGUCCCAUUCCUGUUUAAUAAGGAAAGAUUUUGGCUGUGCAUGUAAUCUGUUGAAGUCGUACAUUUUUAAAUGAAUUACUGUCAAUAAAGUAAUAUUUUGUAUGAA